GGAACAAUUCAGACUGCCUCCCCCGCAUGUGCUGGCAUGCGUGCCCACCAUGGACCAUCAUGCUGAGCCCAUCGCGCUCUCCGAUAGCUGCCGCUUGCGCCGUGAAAGUUGCCGGAAAUGGAAUGGCCGGAUGGUCGUGGUGUGAGAGCAUGCAAGAGCAAGAGACAUCAGCAGCGCAAUAAAACCGUACCGAUGGGCAGAAGGAGCCAGUCUUGUGGAGGGGUUGCAUAAACGCAAGAUGGCUAGACUCCCGUGGAGCACACGAUGAUGCCUGGAACUGGUCUAAACUCCAGAAAUCUCCUCUACCUACCUGGACUGGGUAGGGUCAUGAAUGGCACGGCUAGUACGGGCUUGCUCCUGCUGGCUGGUUGGCGACUUGGAAUGGUACCCAUACCUGACUCUUCUGGACACGCUACAGUCGAGCCUGUUUCCCUAGCCCACCCGAGCUCCUGGUCUCUGAUGCGCGACGUACCUUACCCACCAUCUGACAAAGUCGAGGAGCUACCUCCUAGCUGGAGUUGUUGCCGAGGCUUGAUUCAAGUUGGGUUUCCGGUAAUAUAUCAUUAAAACGAGCCAACACAUCGUCAGCAUGACUAGGAGGUAUCAAGGAGCUUGUGGGGAGAAACAUGAAUCAUUCGAUCAACACACGCUAUGUAGAUUGCACUCUCUCUGCGGGGUGCUUCUUACGGCAUGGCGAUUAUACCAGGACACUCUGCGGAGUGCUCCACACGGCAUGGCGACUGUACCAGAGCAUUGAGGCUUGGUCGUCAACAGGGAACAUCAGCUCACUCCUCUUCUGCUCUCUCCACC